ACAACGAAAGAAAAUAAUAUAUCCAAAAUUUCCUGUUUUCGUUAGACGCAUCUCCUUUAUGUAUUCUCUUCCUUCUUCCCUCUUCCCUCGCGGUUUCCUGCGCAAAGACGAAAUGUUUAAACCCGUUUAUUCUCUUCUAUUUUACUUUGCCUUGCUAUUCAUCCAAUCUAAAGCCGAAUCGAUCAGUCUGAAGCCUCAAGCUCUCGACUCUUUCAAUCUCAGUUUAAUCCAGAAUGUGGGAAGUUGCUCUUACCGAGUGAUCGUAUCAACAAGCUGCUCCUCGCCCAAAUACACCCGAGAUCAGAUCAGCCUUUCUUUCGGCGACGCUUAUGGCAAUCAGAUUUAUGCACCAAGGCUGGAUGAUCCAUCAUCAAAUACAUUUGAAAGGUGUUCCUCUGAUACAUUUCAGAUAAGUGGACCAUGUGCAUAUCAAAUAUGCUAUGUCUAUCUUUAUAGAACAGGACCUGAUGGCUGGAAGCCAGAGAGUGUGAAGAUUUAUGGGUAUAAUUCAAAUCCUGUUAGGUUUGACUAUAACACUUUUAUUCCCAGUAAUACUUGGUAUGGAUUUAAUCUGUGUCAAAGUGCCUCCUCUGCACAAAUACAAAGAAUUCCUGGAUGGUUUAUGGUUCUGAUUCUAUCGGUUGCCAUUGUUGUAUUGUGAUUCUGCUUCUACAGAAUUUAAAUUAGGACUUUGUUGUAAUAAUGAUACUAAUAAUUUAAGUGUGCAGUGGAUUGGACCAUCAGAAUUUUCUAAUCUAAAUGUAAAGAUACAGCUAAUUGCUAUUGUUUGAGAACAAUAAUUUAUAUGCAAGUUGUGAUUUAAUGUGAAUUGCCUUGGUGUA